AGGGACGAUAUGACAGAAGUACUUCCGGGUUCAUUUAAAUGAGCGGUUUAGUCUAUUUUGAAACAAUUUUUCAUUGCCUAUGUAGAGCUUAUAUGUUAUUCUUUUUAUUAGAAAGUGGGCAUUAGUCACAAAGUAGACGAUUAGGGAGGAAAAUUACACACAGCAAAUAAUGCUGCCGACGGGAGCGGCUGUAACCACAGCUUUGGCACAGGUUGAUCGGGAGAAAAUUUAUCAGUGGAUUAAUGAGCUGUCUAGUCCUGAGACACGUGAAAAUGCAUUACUGGAACUUAGUAAGAAGAGGGAGUCUGUCCCUGAUCUGGCACCUAUGCUUUGGCACUCCUGUGGCACCAUAGCAGCUCUGUUACAGGAAAUUGUUAAUAUCUAUCCUUCUAUAAACCCACCAACUUUAACAGCACAUCAGUCCAACAGAGUAUGCAAUGCCCUGGCACUUCUGCAGUGUGUAGCAUCUCAUCCAGAAACAAGGUCUGCAUUUCUAGCUGCUCACAUUCCACUUUUCCUUUAUCCUUUUCUACACACAGUUAGCAAAACACGCCCCUUUGAAUAUUUACGACUUACAAGUCUUGGUGUGAUAGGUGCUCUAGUUAAGACUGAUGAGCAAGAAGUGAUAAACUUUUUACUUACAACAGAGAUCAUUCCCCUUUGUUUGCGGAUCAUGGAAUCAGGAAGUGAACUAUCAAAAACGGUUGCUACUUUCAUACUUCAGAAAAUUCUUCUUGAUGACACAGGGUUGGCAUAUAUUUGCCAGACCUAUGAGCGCUUUUCUCACGUUGCUAUGAUAUUGGGUAAAAUGGUCCUGCAGUUAUCUAAAGAACCUUCUGCUCGUCUUUUGAAACACGUGGUUCGUUGUUAUCUUCGCUUGUCUGACAACCCAAGGGCAAGGGAAGCUCUACGGCAAUGCCUGCCUGAUCAACUCAAAGACACAACUUUUGCUCAAGUCUUGAAAGAUGAUACUACAACCAAACGAUGGUUGGCCCAGCUAGUGAAGAAUCUACAAGAAGGCCCAGUUACAGACCCAAGAGGAAUACCUCUUCCACCCCAGUAGUGUUGCUACUAAGAAUCAUUAAGAACAUUAUUGUGAUAAAGAUGGACAACCAAGUUAUCUAUUUUGAGUGGAGAAAUGGUGCAAAGUUGGUACUGUUUGCUUAAAAUACUGAAACUCUGCAGAUGCUGAAUUAUAGUAGCAACAUUAAGCAUCUUUGAAUGCUUCCCUGUGCAAAAUCAGGAGAAAAUUUGAAGAAAACUCUUCAGCUCCAGGAUCGUUUCCCCUUCUUAAUAAACAAAGAAGACUAUACACAUGUUUGUUUCACUAGUUUUUCUAGUAAACUUUUCUUUAAGUAUUUUUGUCCUCCUACACAUGGUACCAGUGUUACGAUAAGAUAAGAGUUCUGAUCUCUGUAUUUAUUUCAGCUGGUUGAGCCUUCUUGAAGCCUUGUGCACAUUUUGUGAAUUAUCUUCUAAUGAAUGGAUUACAUUUUGAAAGCUCCAUAUCCUUCAGAAAUUAAACUGUUAAUUAAAACAAAGAGAUGAACUAACAAAGAUCCACAUGUCUACAAUAUAAUUAAUACAGAUUUAAUAGGAUGUCAGUUGUGUUGGCUAUGGAUAUAGAAAUACUUUUUAAAAUACAGUGAAUGGCUGAUUAAUGCACUGUAACUAUAGUAAUUUUCUUUGGAAUUACAAUAUAUAAUACAGACUUUGACAUGUCUGGAAAGAUGUGAAAAUCUGUAGCAAAAAUUAUUCAAAAUAGAUGUCAAAUUUUAUAUUGAAGAUACUAUUAUAGUUCAGUAAAGAGGAGGUCAUGCUUUUAAUGCUCAGUUGGACUUGUUUUGUUAUACCUGUCAUGCCAUCUGCUCCGCAGUGCCUUCCUUUUAAUAAAAGCAGCUUUCCCCAAAAGAGAACACCAGCUAAUCCAGUGUUUUAUUAUAAUAAAUCCUGAUAGAAAUUAUUGAAUGAAACCAACAAGGAAAAUCAAAAAAUAGAGAGAGAUGAUACUGAUGUUCUGUUAAGCAGCGGGUAAAAAAAAAGUUUGCAACAAGAAUUGCUGAAGUUGUUUUAGUCUUGACUGUUGCACACCUAAUCCAUACUUCUGAAAGCAUAAUAGGUUUUGUGUGUUUUUUUUUUGUUUUUUUUUAAUUGCAAUUUAAAAGCCAUAGGAAUCAGCACUUGGAAUUUCAUAGGUAGGAUACUGUUAUUAUUUUUUUUUGUGAAGUUCUUUAGAAAUAUUAGAAUGACAGUGCAUCUCUUCUAUCCUGUUCCUUUACAGUUUACAUAUAUUUAAUCUUUAAUGUGAAACUUGGAAACAGAUCAUCUUAUAAAAUAACUGAAUGAAUUCAUAGGUAAUUAGGUAACCUGUUUUAGCCUUAUUGAUUUCUUGUUUAGUACUUAUACAGCAAAGUAGCAAGUGCUGACCCAUUAUGGGGCUUGUACGGUUGGUUUCCUCAUAAGCACCAAAACCAUUUUUAUAUAUACUUUUUUUUUGGGAAAGUUUUCGUAUACUGUUUUUUCUGAAUCUUUAAAGGAAUAUUCCUUGCUGCUAGUAAUCAAAGGGACCAUAGGGGUCCCACCUUUUUGAAGCUGUUUCAGAGUAAGAUUAUUACUGACUAUCUCUAGGAUUCUGGUGGCUUUUUAUCUCUUCUUGGUGCGAUAUUCUUACUGUUCAUUGUGAUCUUGCUCUUUUCAUCCGCAUGCUUUUGCUAUAACAAGAACCUUUCAAUUAGGGCAGUGUUCUGAAAAAAUAAGCACAGAUUUUUGCAAUUAAGUUCAGAGUUGUUUUUCUUUUCAGAGGCCAGAAAUUAAUUGUUAGGACCAUAAAAUUCAGGCAUGAGUGACAAUUUACCUUGAUAUACAUGGCAUUAACACCAAGUAAUAAGCAUAAAGCUGAAGAAAUUUAAUACAGGCCAAUAGUUUUAUAAUGGUUAAACCAAUAAAAAUGUUUUUUGUUUUGUUUUUUCAUACAAUGUUAGUCUUGUGCGUCCGUACAGUCAUCGUUUGUUUACUUUUUUAUAAAUUUAGGAAGGAGUUAAUUUUUGGUCCUAAGUAAGCUCCUCUAUAAGAAUAAUGGUACAGUAAGCACCUUGAAAAUAUUCAGCUAGUGCCUGUUUCAACAGUGUUUGGCCAUUGCUGAUUUGAAGGAGAAGAGCUUGUGAAUGACCCUCAGUUACAUUGUUACCAUCAAGUAGUACAAAUGAAUUUCAUUCUGAGAAAUAUACCAUUGAAUCAUAAUUUAUGUUGUGUGAUACUGCAUUUUACUAGGACUUUUGGCAGUUGUCAUCAUUCAUGUCAUGUAAAUUAUUUUUUGUUGAAUGGAGAUCAAAUGCUAAUGUCUUUAAAAGAAAGUUACCUUUUUAAUCCAACUUUAAGUUGCACUUGACAAAGACUACCCUGAAUGUGCCUCUCUGAAUUUUCACUGCUACCUUUUUACAUGAAGUUGUUACUGUAUUUUUUUAAAUAUAAAAAGUAGACAUUAUACUUGUAAAGCAUAAUCCUCAUUUCAGUUUUAUUAUAAUGCUUUAUUUGGGUGAGGGGUGGUUGGGAUCUGGGCAGGACACUCAGUUACAAAGAUUUAAAUUUCUUACAUUGUGCCGAAUUUUUAUUAGCAAUUGGCAGAUAUGUAUGUUGUAUAUGUUUUUCUUUCUUUUAAGGAAUUGGUGAGCAAGACGGUUCAAUACUACUAAAAGACUCCAGCCAUCCGGCAGCUAUACACCCCUUUGCCAGAAUUAAUGUAAAAGUAUGGUAUGUCUUUUUACUGAAGUCUUUCUGGGUACUGUAAGUACCAUUAUACACCUGUUGGACAGAACAUUUGAUCUACUGGUAUAUUGCUCAAGUGCAGGCACUUGCGUAUGGUUUUUUUUUUAAAUACGCAGAAGCUCUUCAAUUGAGCAUGCUGUUUGUAAAGCAUACAGUUCAGAUGAGUAUUGUUUGUGGACAUUACUACAGAAUGUACAAUUAAGUGUAAUAAAAUUUUAAUAAACUAUUAAGAAAAUCAACUAAUGGCAUAA